GAGAUUUGUGACGUACGAAUUGACUGGAUGUAGGGAGGCAAAGCGCUCAACGUUAACGGCGCUGCGGGACUUUUAAAGAGCGACCCGGGAUUGUGGGCUGCGUUGAGGAAACCGGGAUCGUUGGGCGAGAUGGACUCGCAGGAGACCAUGGAGUUGGAGCAGAUGGUGGUGAAGGAGCUGGGCAUUUCCAUGGAUGAUCUGCAUGAACUGAUAGACAGAGAGCUGGAAAAGAUUGAGUUUGUGAAGCAGCGGAAAGCUCAGCUACUGGAACUGGAGCAACUGGUGAAACAAAAAGAGGCAGAAGUGGAUCAUGUAGACAAGCUUUUUGACAAUGCCACAAGAGCCGUGGACGAUUGUGAGAUGCUGGUAAAGAGUCUGUACAACCAAAUAGGUAUGACCUACAAGGAGAGCAGCUCUGAAGAUGAAGGAUCUUCAAAACCAGUGGAGGUUAUUGAGAUCCCUGAUGAAGACGAUGAUGACGUCAUGAGUGUGGGAUCAGGUGAAGCUGUGAGUAAGAUUCCAAAAGAGAAACAUUUGUUAAGAGAAGCAAUGGCUGCUAUGAAGAGAUCAAGACAAGAUGUGCAGAGCAUUGUAGAAGCAAUCCAAAAGAAGUCAGAUGGACCCCAGACUAGAUUUUCUUCUCAUCCCUCCUCACCAACAAGCUCUGUGGGUGGCUCCAAUCAGGCCAGUGCCUCAAAUGAUAUGAGCAAAGAUGGAGACCUUGUCGUGGGGAUGCGUAUCUUGGGCAAGAAGAGGACCAAAACCUGGCAUAAAGGAACUCUGAUCUCUAUACAGUGUGUGGGUCCUGGGAAAAAGUACAAGGUCAAGUUUGACAACAAAGGGAAAAGCCUGUUGUCCGGUAACCACAUUGCCUAUGACUACCACCCACCGCCUGAAAAUCUGGUUGUUGGUAGCAGAGUAGUAGCCAAGUAUAAAGAUGGAAACCAGGUGUGGCUCUAUGCUGGAAUUGUUGCUGAGCCUCCAAGCAACAAGAAUAAAAUGAGGUAUCUGAUCUUUUUUGAUGAUGGCUAUGCAUCCUAUGUUACCCACGCAGAACUGUAUCCUGUCUGCAGGCCCUUGAUCAGUUCAUGGGAGGACAUCGAGGACGUGUCCUGCCGUGAUUUUAUUCAGGAAUACGUCAACGCUUACCCCAAUAGGCCAAUGGUUCUUCUGAAGAGCGGCCAGCUGAUUAAAACAGAGUGGGAAGGAACGUGGUGGAAAUCCAAGGUGGAAGAAGUUGAUGGGAGUCUGGUGAAAAUCCUUUUUCUGGAUGACAAGCGCUGUGAAUGGAUCUACCGAGGUUCUACACGCCUGGAGCCCAUGUUUAGCAUGAAGACCUCCACGGCCUCAACACAAGAGAAGAAGCAAGCUGGGCAGCAACGGACGCGUCCUAAUGUGGGUGCCAUUAGGAGCAAGGGACCUGUAGUACAAUACACACAUGACCUGACUGGCAGUGAGCCUGAACCCAAACCUGCUGCACCCCCAUCUCCUCUGUCAAUCCCAUCACCCCAGCUGAUUGACACAGACUCUGACAGUCAGCAGGCCCAGUCCAAGAAGCAAGUGGCUAAAAAAAGCACUUCAUUUCGUCCAGGAUCAGCGGGGUCCGGUCAGUCUUCCCCCAUCCCCAGCGAAUCAGUGCCGCCGCCACCACCACCUCCACCUCCUGUUGUUCAGCGUCCUUUCCAGUCCAACCAAUCUGUACAGCCUGUCCAGUCUAUACAGUCCAUUCAGAAUAUACAGACCAUCCAAACCAUUCAAGGCAUUCAAACCAUCCAAGCUAUCCAGCCAAUUCAAACCAUACAGACUCUCCAGCCUAUCCAAACCAUUCAGCCUCUGCAGACAAUUCAGACUCUCCAAGGAAACAGGAUUGUGACUUCUAUUCAACAAAUCCAUAUAAUACAGGCGGAAAAUGUUCCGGCAGAGACCACCUACAAGGCCCCCAAAGAAAAGCUUUUCUACCUCCCUCAUGUGUGCAACUAUACUUGCCUGUCGCGCAUUCGCCCCGUCUCCCACCGUGGCAAGAACCCCCUCUUGGUUCCAUUACUUUAUGACUUCCGGCGAAUGACCGCCCGGCGGCGGGUGAACCGCAAAAUGGGUUUCCACGUCAUCUACAAGACUCCCUGCGGCCUGAGCUUGCGCACAAUGCCGGAAAUUGAGCGGUACCUUUUUGAGGUGGAAUGCAGAAUGCUCUUCCUGGAAAUGUUUUGUUUGGACCCUUACGUUUUGGUGGAUCGGAAAUUUCAGCCUCAGAAACCCUUUUACUACAUCCCAGACAUCACAUAUGGCAAGGAAGAUGUUCCACUUUCCUGUGUCAAUGAAAUAGACAGGACCCCACCUCCACAAGUGGCCUACAGCAAGGAGCGCAUCCCUGGGAAAGGUGUCUUUAUUAAUACCGGCGCCGAGUACCUUGUGGGAUGUGACUGCACAGAUGGCUGUAGGGACAAAUCCAAAUGUGCCUGUCACCAGCUGACAAUCCAAGCCACAGGCUGCACUCCAGGGGCACAGCUGAACCCCAUGGCCGGAUACCAGCACAAGCGCUUGGAAGAAUGCCUUCCCACUGGUGUGUACGAGUGCAACAAGCGGUGCAAAUGCAGUGCGAAUAUGUGCAACAACCGCCUUGUACAACAUGGGCUCCAGGUGCGCCUCCAACUCUUCAAAACCCAGAACAAGGGCUGGGGCAUCCGGUGUUUGGAUGAUAUAGCGAAAGGCUCCUUUGUUUGCAUCUAUGCAGGUAAGAUCCUCACAGACGACUUUGCGGACAAAGAGGGCCUGGAGAUGGGGGACGAGUACUUUGCUAACUUGGACCACAUUGAAAGUGUCGAGAACUAUAAGGAAGGCUAUGAGAGUGACGCCAAGUCUUCCUCCGAUAGCAGUGGCGUAGACCUUAAAGACGACGAUGAGGAAAACACUGGCAGCGAAGACCAGGACGAGUCCAAUGACAGUUCAGAUGACAAUUUCGGCAAGAACGAGGACAUCACGACCAGCUCAGUGUGGCGCAGUUACGCCACCCGCAGACAGACACGGGGCCAGAAGGAGAAUGGAACAUCAGAGACUGCUUCCAAGGACUCGGCUCUGGCCAGGCAGACCAGUCAGGAUGAAACCACGGAUUGCAAACUGCCGGAGGAGACCUCCAAGAACAAGGUGGCUUCCUGGUUAAGUUCAAACACCAUGGCGGACUCUCUUAUGGACUCUGACAGCAGGUCUUCUCUAAAGAUGGGAGACGCAUCAGAGACCGAUAAACCAAAGGAAUCAGACGAGGCCAGCAAAUACCCAGGGUUCGGAGAAGGAAACAGGAUGUACGGUUACAACCCCGCCCCGGCCAAAAAAGACGGUGUGCGACGGCCUGUUAGCAAAACCGCGUUGCACCAGAACAAGCGCCAGUCAAACUCUGCACAGCCCACUGAUGAAGUCCUGACUUUAUCCAGCAGCUCGGAGAGUGAGGUGGGAAGUGGGACCAACGGGACCAAGAAACCCGCCGCUCAGGCCACAGCGAAUGACAGCGAUGACAUCCAGACAAUCUCAUCUGGGUCUGACGAGGAAGAGGAGAAGAAGAACGUAGCUACUACUGCGGGGCCUGUCAAAAGACAAGUGGCUGUAAAAUCCACCCGAGGAUUCGCCUUAAAAUCCACACACGGUAUCACUGUGAAAACCAACAUGGCGUCGGGUGAGGGUGGUACCGGACGGCGGAACACACGACAGUUCUUUGAUGGGGAGGAGUCCUGUUACAUUAUUGACGCUAAACUUGAAGGCAACUUGGGCCGAUACUUGAAUCAUAGCUGCAGCCCCAACCUCUUUGUACAGAAUGUGUUUGUGGAUACCCAUGAUCUACGGUUCCCUUGGGUGGCCUUCUUUGCCAGCAAGAGGAUACGCGCCGGCACGGAGCUCACCUGGGAUUACAAUUACGAGGUGGGAAGUGUAGAAGGAAAGAAACUGCUGUGCUGCUGCGGAUCCACGGAAUGUCGUGGCCGUCUCUUAUAAACCCACCAUAAAGAUGGCAGCUAAAGUUUACGACACUUCAUCCGUGGUUAGAGGCCUCUCCUUUUAACCAUACAUUUCUCAUCUUUUUUUUUUUUUCUGUAAAAUUAUGGCUGACAAAUGAAAUGUCCCCCCCCUAAAUCACCGGACUACCCUUCUGUCUUGUAUAGAAACUUUAUGAUGUUUGGCACAGAACUCUUCCCCCCCGCUCUAUGUAGAUUUAGGUGUUUAUGUUUGAUAUUUUUCCAUGUAUAAAUAAAAUGUAAUAAAAGGGUGGCAUCCCCUACUGUCUGGAAUUAGUACUCGC